AUGACAUUAAGAAGUCAUUCAGUGUUGGUAUCACUGCUUGGAAAGCUAGAAAGGCCAAACAAAUUGCUUUUGGAUUCUUUGGUUGGUGAUGGAGAAAGACAAUAUGCUCGUCUAUAUGAUUAUGUGGGGCAAUUGCUAAGAGUGAAGUAUGUUGGCCCCAAUGAUCAAUAUUUCCCACUAGCUUUUGCACUGGUCGAAAAUGAAUGCAAAGAAAGUUGGAGAUGGUUUUCGACACUGCUUUUGGAUGAUAUUGGUGGCACUGAUUGUCAAUGUUGGGUGUUCAUUUCUAAUCAACAAAAGGGACUAAUGACAGUUUUUGAUGACAUCUUGGAUGGAGUGGAACAUAGAUUGUGCUUAAGGCACUUGUAUAACAAUUACAAGAAGAUAUUUGGUGGAGGAGUGUUGAUUAGAGAUCUCAUGAUGGGGGCUGCCAAGGCUACAUUUCAAAAGGACUGCGAAAUGAAAAUGGGUGAGUUGAAAACUGUUAACAUUGAUGCAUACAAUUGGUUGCUAGCUAGAGACAAACCUAUCAUCACUAUGAUGGAAUGGAUUAGAACUUACAUUAUGAGACGGUUUGCAACACUUAGAGAAAAAGCAAUGACAUAUCCUGGAGUUGUAAUGCCUAGACCACGAAAAAGGCUUGAUAAGGAAGUAGAGAAGAGUGGAAAUUGGAUUCCAACUUGGGCAGGAGCUGCAAAAUUUGAAGUCACUCACGGGUUUACAAUGGAUAAGUUUGUAGUUGACUUAAGUAACCAUUCGUGUAGAUGUUACAGUUGGGAAUUAAUAGGAAUACCUUGCAGGCAUGCUAUUGUUUCCAUAAAUUACAAAGUAGAAAACCCUGAAGAAUAUGUACAUCCUUAUUACAAGAAAGAAGCUUAUGUCGCUUGUUAUGGUCCUGAAAUUGUUCCAAUAAAUGGCCAACAAAUGUGGUCUACUUCUGAAAACACCCCCUUACUACUGCCUCCAAUUUAUAAAACACCCCAUGGGAGGCCUAAAAAACUAAAAAGAAGAGAGGCGGAUGAAUAUGUGAGUCAUACAAAAUUGUCAAAGAAGCAUGAUAUUAUGAAGUGUAGUAGUUGCAACGAAUUUGGUCAUAAUAACACAAGGGGCACUUCAAGUGCAACAGGAUCUGGUAGCAGGACGAGAUCUGAAGCAGAAGCACCUCCAUCAACGUCACAAGAAGGAGGAACAUCAAGAAGGGGGACUUCUCAACUAGGAGGACCUCCAACAACAACAUAA